UGGGCUCCUGGUUGACGCUAUUGCCCCUGUGAAUCUGUGAUCCCACCUCCCUCCCCUGCCCCUUCAAAACUCAACACCCCUGUGCCUCUACUGCUGCUCUGUUUCUCUCAUUCUCUCUCUCUCUCUCUAAAUAUAUAUAUAUAUAUAUAUAUAUAUAUAUAUACAUAUACAUGUUUGCAGCUCCGACGUACGUCCAAGAAACAGAGCAUGAGAAAUUUUCCAUCAUCCCUUUUCUCUCUGUUUCUCUUCUUCUUCACACGCCACUCCCUUGCUGUUCCUUACGAUGGGCCUGGGUAUGAUUCUACUGCUUACACUGAGUGCAAGGCAGAGCCAGAGGAGCCAUUGUACAAGGGUGGGAUUCUGAGAGGAAAGAGUUAUUGGGAUGUCGUGGCGCAGAGCCUCGGUGACUCCUCCUCCUCCGGCUUCGGCGGCGGCAGCGGACGGUACACGCCCGCUUUCAUAUUGCAAAAUCUCACCCCUGGCACCAAGUACUGCUUCUCCAGUUGGGUGAAGAUAGAGGGUGCAGACUCAGCUCUCAUAAGGGCUACCCUGAAAACAGAAGUUGCAACUCACAACUGUAUAGGGACCAUCGUUGCUCAGAGUGGAUGCUGGUCUUUCCUCAAGGGUGGAUUCGUUCUCGACUCUGCCUCAAACUUAUCUCUCUUGUUCUUUCAGAAUUCAGACAUGAAAGACGUUAACAUAGCCAUUGCAAGUGCUUCAUUGCAGCCAUUUACUGAUCUCCAGUGGAGAAUGAAUCAAGAAUUCAGAAUCAAUACGAAAAGAAAACGUGCAGUGAUAGUCCAUGUAUCAGACCAACUUGGAGAGAGACUACAAGGAGCAGCAAUUACAGUAGAGCAAGUGUCCAAGGAUUUCCCAUUUGGAUCUGCUCUAGCAAGUACCAUUCUCGGAAAUAUUCCCUAUCAAGAUUGGUUUACUAAACGAUUCAAUGCUGCAGUGUUUGAAAAUGAACUCAAGUGGUAUGCAACAGAACCCCAACCGGGGAAGAUAAACUAUACUUUAGCUGAUCAAAUGUUGGCAUUCGUUCGAUCUAACCAAAUCGUUGCUAGAGGACACAACAUCUUCUGGGAGGACCCUAUAUAUACACCAGCAUGGGUUCGUAACCUAUCAGAUCAUGACCUACAAUUAGCUGUGGAUGCCCGAAUACAAAGUUUAAUGAGCAAAUACAGAGAAGAGUUUGCCCAUUGGGAUGUUAGCAAUGAAAUGCUUCAUUUUGAUUUUUAUGAGAAAAGGCUUGGGCCUAAUGCAACGCUACAUUUCUUUGAGACGGCUCACCAGGCAGAUCCCCUAGCAACCAUGUUCAUGAAUGAUUUCAAUGUGGUGGAGACGUGUGAAGAUGUUAACUCUACUGUUGAUACUUACAUUUCGAGGCUUAGAGAACUCAAAAAGGAUGGAGUGUCAAUGGAUGGAAUUGGUCUAGAAGCUCACUUUACAAUCCCAAAUCCACCUUUAAUGAGAGCCAUCUUGGACAAAUUGGCAACACUAAGGCUUCCCAUUUGGCUCACUGAAGUUGAUAUUAGCAAAAAAUUUGAUCAACAAACGCAGGCUAUAUAUCUAGAACAGGUACUAAGGGAAGGUUUUUCACAUCCUUCAGUGAACGGGAUAAUGCUAUGGACAGCAUUCCACCCUAAUGGGUGUUACCAAAUGUGUUUGACAGAUGAGAAUUUUCGUAACCUUCCUGUGGGUGAUGUCGUUGACAAGCUACUGAAAGAGUGGCAAACUGGGGAAGUAGAGGGUCAGACAGAUGAGCAUGGCUCAUACAGCUUUCUGGGAUUCUUGGGUGAAUACAGGGUGACUGUCACGUAUGGAAACAAAACUGCAAAUUCAACUUUCUCACUUUGUAAAGGUGAUGAAACCAAACAUUUCAGCAUUCAACUGUAACACAUGUAGUUUUGGUCUUUAUAUGACAUAAUUGUAGCUGACUGCAUCCAUUAUGGCUAUAGUUUGGAGCAUUAUAUGCAUAAAGUAAAA